AUGCCCUUCGGAUUGAAAAAUACCGAAGCUGCAUAUCAGAGGCUGAUCAACAUGAUGUUUGUCGAACUUAUUGGAAAAACCAUAGAAGUCUACGUGGACGACAUGCUAGUUAAAAGCCUCCAGGUGAAUGAACACUUUUUGGGAUACAUUGUGAACCAAAGGGGAGUCGAAGCAAAUCCGGUAAAGAUUAGGGCCUUACUGGAAAUGAGAGCCACUGAUAAGAGCCUAACCUUCUUCAAAGUGUUGAAGCAAGAAAAGAAAUUCCAAUGGACCGAUGAGUGGGAGGAAGCCUUCCAAGCACUGAAGAAACACUUAGGAGAGGCACCUCUGUUAUCCAAACCUAAACCACAGGAAUCACUACUGCUAUACUUGGCAGUCUCGAACGAGGCCGUCAGCGCAGUCAUAGUCAGAGAAGAAAACGAGCACCAAUUAUCGGUAUACUAUGUCAGCAAAGCACUACUCUCAGCAGAAACUCACUACCCGGACAUAGAAAAACUGGCACUCGCCCUCAUCACGGCGUCAAGAAAACUGAGGCCGUACUUCCAGGCUCAUUCAAUUGAGGUUCUUACCAACUUCCCAUUAAAGCAGAUGCUACAGAGAACUGAAGCUUCGGGCCGCUUGCUAAAAUGGGUAAUCGAGCUAAGUUAUUUCGAUCUAUUGUUCCAACUCAGACAUGUCAUCAAAGGACAAGCUCUUGCAGAUUUUGUAGCUGAAUUUGCCAUAACCCCAGAAAUGGAGGCGGCAAUUAAACCAGUCGAGUCCCCAAAAUGGAACCUGUUCGUGGAUGGAUGUUCAGGAGAAACUGGCUUAGGAGCUAGGAUCGUCAGAAGGCUCCUGGCAAGCAGCAACUCUCAACUUGUGGUGAGUCAGGUCAAUGGGAACUUUGCCGCUAAAGACAGUAGCAUGGCUGCAUAUUUAAAAUUGGUCCUGGACCUAGUCCCUCAUUUCGAGAGGUUCGAACUGAUUCAAGUCCCACACCUCGAGAACACUCUUGCAGACGCCCUGUCAAAAUUGUCCAGCAAUAAAGAUUCGGAGCUACUAAAGAUUGUCCCCAUUGAACGCUUAUCGAAGCCCUUCAUCUCCGGAGGUGAAGAGUUGUUAUGGAUAGAAAGUAUCCCACUAUGGAUGCAGCCCAUCAUGGCCUAUCUCAAGGAUCAAUCAUUACCAACUUCGAGAAGCGAGGCGAGAAAGUUAAAAAGGAGGGUUGCGCACUUCAUCCUACAAAAGGAUGUCCUCUACAAAAGAGGCUUUGCCUCACCACUUCUCCGAUGUGUAGGAGAGGAAGAAGCCAGUGUAUACUCGGGGAGAUCCACGAGGAAAUCUGCGAAAAUCACUCAGGAGGAAUGGCUAUGGCACACAAAGUACUCCAACAAGGCUACUUCUGGCCAACCCUGA